UUAUCUAUAAAAUGCCAAACAUUCAUGAUCCGCUCUCCUUCAUUUACUGAUUGCGUGUUUCCUUUCGCGUUUCAUUUUCACUGUGUAUGCGUCAGUUCCAGUUCUCUUUCCUUGUUCAUAAACGGUGAUGAUUGUUGAAGUUGUCGACUGCUUAAUUUAGAGGCAAGUGAAGAGCUUGAGAGCCUUAAUUUGCAAAGGAAUUGACAAAGAUCUGGAGAUGGAUCAAGAAGAUGCCACCAAUGAUAUCGAGAAUGAAAGAUCUACUUAUUCCGAGGACAUUGAGAGACAAUGGUCAGAUGUAUCUGAUAAAAACAUGGCUUACAUGGAGCCACUUUUGGUGCAGAGGAUAAACACCACAUCUCAAAUCGCCCUUGUUGGUGCCAAUGUUUGCCCAAUUGAGAGUCUUGACUAUGAGAUUAUAGAAAAUGAAGUAUUUAAACAAGAUUGGAGGUCAAGAAACAAAGUUGAGAUUUUUCAAUACAUUUUCCUCAAAUGGGCUCUUGCACUUCUUAUUGGCCUGGCUACUGGACUUGUAGGAUUUUGUAACAAUAUAGGUGUGGAGAAUAUUGCAGGUUACAAAUUACUGCUUACCAAUGAUCUCAUGACUAAUGGCAAAUAUUUCAAAGCUUUUGCUGCAUUUGCUGGUUGCAAUCUAGCGUUGGCAAUAGCUGCUGCAUCACUUUGUGCUUUCGUAGCUCCAGCAGCUGCAGGGUCUGGAAUCCCAGAGGUGAAAGCUUAUCUCAAUGGUGUUGAUGCUUAUUCAAUAUUGGCUCCAAGCACCCUAUUUGUAAAGAUUUUUGGUUCCAUUCUUGGCGUAUCUGCUGGAUUUGUGGUGGGGAAAGAAGGACCAAUGGUACAUACAGGCGCAUGCAUUGCUUCUUUACUUGGGCAAGGAGGUUCUCGUAAGUAUCAUCUGACAUGGAAAUGGCUAAGAUACUUCAAAAAUGACAGAGACCGACGCGAUCUGAUCACCUGUGGUGCUGCUGCUGGUGUUGCGGCUGCUUUCCGUGCACCGGUUGGUGGUGUUUUGUUUGCUCUUGAAGAAGCAGCUUCAUGGUGGAGGAGUGCCCUAUUGUGGAGGACAUUUUUCACAACAGCUGUAGUUGCUAUAAUUUUAAGAAUCUUCAUAGAUUUCUGUGCAAAUGAAAUGUGUGGAUUAUUUGGAAAAGGAGGUCUCAUAAUGUAUGAUGUCAGUUCAGCAAAGGUAUCCUACAGCAUUUCCGAUGUCCUAUCUGUUCUCUUCCUAGGAGUUAUUGGAGGCAUUCUUGGAAGCUUCUACAACUUUCUCAUCGACAAGGUGCUUCGCACCUAUGCUAUCAUUAACGAAAGAGGUCCUCUUUUCAAGGUCUUUCUUGUCAUGAUUAUCUCGAUAUUGACCUCCUGUUGUGCAUUCGGAGUUUCAUGGUUUUCUGCAUGCAAACCUUGUCCUAGUAAUCUUACAGUUAAGUGUCCUAAUGCUGGAGAAUCCGGGAACUAUAAGAGUUUCCAAUGCCCUUCAGGCUACUAUAACGAUAUGGCAUCGUUAUUCCUGAGCACAAACGAUGAUGCUAUACGAAACCUUUUCAGCACAAGCACCCAUAAGGAAUUCCAUAUCUCAACACUAUUCAUAUUCUUCUUCGCAAUCUAUUUCCUCGGAAUCAUCACAUAUGGAAUUGCAAUCCCUUCCGGACUCUUUAUCCCGGUCAUCUUGGCCGGAGCUAGCUACGGACGUUUAGUUGGGAGACUUUUUGCGUCCAUCUCUAGACUUGACAUGGGUUUAUUCUCUUUACUGGGAGCAGCUUCUUUUCUUGGGGGAACCAUGAGAAUGACUGUUUCACUUUGUGUGAUACUUCUGGAACUGACCAACGAUCUGUAUUUGCUUCCUCUUGUGAUGUUUGUCUUACUUAUAUCUAAAUCCGUUGCUGAUAAUUUCAACAAGGGUGUUUAUGAUCAAAUAGUGAAGCUAAAAGGGUUGCCUUAUAUGGAAGCUCAUGCCGAACCUUAUAUGAAGAAUUUAGUUGCACGAGAUGUUGUGGCUGGUCCUUUGGUUAGUUUUUCAGGGAUUGAGAAAGUGGGAACGAUUGUUCAUGCUUUAAGGAGCACAGGGCAUAAUGGUUUUCCUGUUAUUGAUGAACCUCCUUUCACCGAAUCAGCAGAGUUAUGUGGAAUAGUUCUGAAGUCUCAUUUGCUUGUGAUUCUUAAAGAGAAACACUUCUCUAAAGAUAUGGUGUUUUCUGGGGAAGAUUUUUUGGGAAAAUUUGAUGCUUUUGACUUUGCUAAGGCUGGAUCUGGCAAGGGGAUUAAAUUGGAAAGUAUUGAUAUAAGUGUUGAAGAGAUGGAAAUGUACAUUGAUUUGCACCCGAUUAUCAAUGCAUCGCCAUAUACUGUGGUGGAAACUAUGUCUUUGGCUAAAGCUGCUAUUCUUUUUCGACAACUUGGUCUUAGACAUAUGUGUGUUGUGCCAAAAGCUCAAGGGAGGCCCCCAAUUGUUGGAAUACUAACAAGACAUGAUUUCAUGCCGGAACAUGUUUUGGGACUCUAUCCUGCCAUGAAAUCUCACAAGCACAAGUCAUCUUUCUUGGGAGACUCUUUUAUCCAAAAUAUAUAAUUAUAAUCAUGUUUGAUAAUUGUAUUUAUUAUUCUUUCUUAUACAAAUUAUUCUUGUAAUAAUUUUGUU